GCACGAGGGUGCUAUUUGUUGCGCCCCUUCUCAGGCCUUCUGCCCUCCAACUAAGAGUAUAAUCGUCAGCCGAAGAUUUACCGCAGUUUACAUCUCUCAAAGGAGGCCGACUCACAAGACAAAAAGAUGGGAUACUGCAAACGAUAUACAGCACCGUCGUAGGAUUUCUAAAUAAACAUUAUUUUUAUUUUAAAAAAAUCUUAAAAUCGCUCUUCGACCCUGAUUCCUGGUCCGGACACAUGAAAAUUGCUACAGUGAUAAGUGAUAAGUCAAAAAGCUACGAAAUUAACCUGCUGUACCUGCAACUACCAACCGCUGGUCCCCGUUGUUUAGUUGGCUAUGAGGAUACCGACACCCCCCACGGGAGACAGCGGGCUGUAAAUAACGAAUGUUUGAAUUCUUUCUGGAACUUCGGACCAUUAAUGAUUAAAAGUGACUUAAAACUGCAAAACUGUUUGAUACCUUGAUAAUCUUUUUAAUUUUUAUGGUUUCUAGUACUUACCAUCCAAUUGUGACUGUGCCAGUUUUAAUCUUUAUCUUACGUAAUUUUUGUACGAACUUGUAUGGAGCACGCGAAUACUAAGCAAAGUCAAUUGCAAUAGCGGGGAUUUGUGGUUGACUUGAUUUGAAGGGGCUUGCUGGACUACUCCGAGAGAAAUCUGUGAUUCACUGCAUUGGCACCUUUGUCAGUGCUUGAAUUGACCGCAUUCCUUCGUCAUGGAAGAAUACGGCCCGGAUUCCGGUGGUCGGCAAAAAAAUACUGUGAUUGUGAAGCCCAUUCUAAUUGGUUGCAAAUCCAAGAAGCUUCCGGCUCCCAUUCCCAAUCCAUAUGCCGGCCAACCGAGUAGCUCGGGUACUUCACCCGCCGGCACCAAUGAAAAGGACCACACUCACAACUGGACGCUGUACGUCCGACCGUACCAUAACGAGGAUAUUUCCGAAUGGAUAAAGAAAGUCCAGUUUAAGCUGCAUGAGACAUACCCUAAUUCUGUACGAACAUGCACAUCCACGCCUUACGAAGUGGAGGAGACUGGCUGGGGAGAAUUCGAGGUACAGAUCAAAUUUUUCUUCAUGGAUCCCAAUGAACGACAGGUUACCGUGUGGACCGUAGUGCGAUUGUUUAAGAAGGAAACGGAUCAUCACUUAGUUGAACUUCCGGACGGCACAUUAAUGUCCGAAGUCUAUGACGAAUUGGUCUUCAUGGAUCCAUCUGUGAUGAUGAUCGAUUAUCUCAGUAGGACUAAGAUUUGGGGAUCCGAUUACAAACCGGAAAUUAACUAUGACGUAAAGAAACAAGAAACGCUGAAGAGUAUAAGAAAAGCGCGUGAGCGUAUUACGCCGGAAAUACAGGCAUUGUCCGCGCAAUACAAAACCUACAAAAAUUCUUACGCCAGUAUUGUCGCACUGUUGCGGGGAGAACCACUUCCAAAUUUCCGUGGCUUAAGUGCACAGCAAGUGGAAUCGGAGCACGAUGGUUCGGUAGCAGCCAGUUCUCAAGAAUCUCAUGACGCUUUCAAUACAUCACACAAAAUGGGACGUCGCUCGAAGGGUGUUUCUGCGGAUCCGCCAGGAAAUCGUACCCUGCCGACCACCACCUUCCAAAUCCUACCGCGUCUUGAUAACCUGGGCGGUCUGCAGACUGGCGGCCUAUCCAUGGUAGCGCCCAAUCUCGGCCAGUUGAUGUUGGGAAAAGUUCCACUGAAUCUCAAUCUGAACGAUAUCACCGCCCAGCUGCGCCAACCCGCUGCGCCCUCCCAAAAGAUCCUCCUGCCCAAACUCCCCCAGGGGAUCCGACCCCCGUCGAAAAUCAUCCUCCUAAACGGAAAAGACAGCGGCGGCAAGAUGAAGGUGCAGAUCUUGAACACCUCCCGUACACGCGAUGGGUUGACCGAGGAGGAGCGCAAAAAGAAAAUGCUGACGGGAGAGAUUAAUGUCCCUUCUAGUAUUCUACCCAAACCCAAUCCGGUGUUGUUGCGUCGUCCCAAAACACUGGUAAUGGCCGAUAAGGACGGCAAUCUUAGUGUGACCCAGCAGGGUUUUGGUUCCGUGCCUAAAGUGGCGAUUCCGCGUUGUAAUCCAUCACCCAGUAAAUCUCCGGUGUAUAGACAACGGCGCAUCGUCUCACGCCAGAUUGAUCACGAUACGGACGCCGUGGAUGGGUUCGAUAGUGAGGAUGAAGUGGUAGUGGCCAACCAGUCCAUGGACGAAACCGAGUGUUUCCUUCCACCCAACGACAUUGACAUUUCAGAGCCGCAGAUGUCAGAGAUGCCGAGUACAUCGCGAGUAUCUUACAGAGUAUCGCCACAGUCCAUUGUUAUUUCUCCCAAUCGACUGUACCCGAGGGCGGAAUUCUCCAGUACACUUCUGGGCGGCGUUGGCCAGGUGCUUAUUCAAAAUUUAUUUCCGGUGGCACCUUCGAGACCACCCAAUCCGGAUGACUUCCGUCCUCCCAAGCGGCGGAAAUUGUUGAAAAAGCCGGAAAAGUUUGAUGCAAUUGAGAAGGAUCUGAAUUUGGAUGAAUUGAGAAAAUACAAGAAGAAAGGCCGACCGAGUUUCCUGAAGAAAUCUGCACAGAAACUAAUUGAGGAAAUUAAAAAUGACUGUUUAGCGGUUGCCUCGGAUGGGAUAAAUUUGAAAUGUCUAGCCUGCAAUUGUCUGCUGACCAAAGGCGGCUGGGGAUAUCCGCGCCAAAUUCUCAAACACCUGCAGUGCAUUAAAUCCCACCAGUCACGGUAUGAAAUCUGGAAGCACCAGAAGGAGAUGGAUCCUGGCAUGGUCGACAAUGUCAUUCCCGAAGUUAUUCGCACACGUGGCCGGUACCGCAAAACACCGUUAGAUUACAUGGCAGAAUUUAAAAAUCCUUGGUUAAACACAUCGUCCGAUGGACAAACGCUGCGCUGCGAGGCCUGCAAUCUGGUGCUGCUGGAUAUUAAUACCAGAGAAGGGAAGAUUCAGCGUACGGACGUCUAUCGCCAUCUUUAUUUGGAUCAGACACACGCAAAUAACAUUAAGUCGGUGGAAACUGAGGGACAAAAGGACACCAGCACCAUCGAGAUGGAAACUGAAGCACUACCCGAUGCUGAAAGUACUGCGUUAUACACAGUACUGUCGAGCGGCCUUUCGGGUGAAUAGAGGUUUUGCAGAUCUGAAUUAUUUAAGUUUCAGUUUCAUAAAUCGCUUAGCAAAUUAUUUGGAUCUAAAUUCUAUUGUUGUAAUUUCCUCGGACUGCUGUCGCUUUUUCACAAACGGUUUAAUUCAUUUUCACUAUGGUGGAAUCGAUUAAGCCAGAGAUCGGCUUGUGAUUCGUAAUUGCUAAUUAGUGAAACAACGCAGUGGGGUCAUGAAGCCAAUCUUGUGAGUCUGUGCAGUGACCCUUACAGAAUUUUGGGGGUUCAUUUUUCGUUGCACAAAAUUAUAAAAUAAAUUUUUUCGAAUUUCAC